CUACGGGCCUGUAACAUCAUAAUGUUUUAUUUCCUCAAUCAGAGUAAAUGAAUCAGAUUUCUCUGUUUAUUCCUCUAAAGCCGCCAUCAGUGAAAGACAAAGACAGAGUUUAUUGAAGGACAGUGAGAAGAUGAGUGAUCCAGAACCCUGCAGAAUUAAACAGGAAGAGACUGAAGAACUAAUAGAUGUGAUGGUGAACAGUGAGAUACUGAGUGAAGAUGAGGAGAAACAUCAUGUCAGACGUGAAACCAAAACUCAGUCAAAGACUGUACAUAGUUUUUCAAUGAAAAGAACAGCCGUGAAAUGUUUCACCUGCACUCUGUGUGGAAAGGGUUUCAGUUAUAAAGGCCCUUUCAAGCUUCACAUGAUGAUCCACACUGGAGAGAGACCUUACAAGUGUUCACACUGCGACAAGGGAUUCAGUCAGUUUGGACACAUGAAAUCACACGAGAUGAUCCACACUGGAGAGAAACCAUACAAGUGUGAUCAAUGCAGCAACACAUUUCUGAGGCCUUCAGACUUGAAGAUCCAUCGUAGAGUUCAUACAAAGGAGAAGCCGUAUUCAUGCUCCGAGUGUGGAAAGAGUUUUGCACAGCAAGCACAUCUAAAAUUGCAUCGCCAUGUCCACACUGGUGUGAGAGAGUUUGUGUGCUUUGAGUGUAAGAAGACCUUUAUUACAGCUGGACACCUGAAGCAGCACCAGAUGAUUCACACUGGAGAGAAACCGUACAUGUGUUCACACUGCAGCAAAACAUUUAGUCAUAUAGGACACAUGAACGCACAUGAGCGGGUUCACACGGGAGAGAAACCGUUCGCAUGCACUCAUUGUGGGAAGAGUUUCAGAGUUUCAUCAUCCCUGAAUUCACACAUGUUGACCCACACUGGAGAGAAAACACACAAGUGUGAUCAGUGUGGCAAAACGUUUUUGAGGCGUUCACAUCUGAACAGACAUCUUGGUGUUCAUACGAAAGAAAAGCUGCCUUCUUGUUCUUUAAGAACGAAUUUUAGAUGUCGAUGACCUUUACCUUCCCACUAUUUUUUAUUGAUACACAUCAGUUUUCACCCUUAAAUGUGUAAAUGAUAAUGAAUUCCAAUCGUUUGUUAAAAGGGAAUUGAAAAAACCUGAUCAGGGCUGCACGAUCAAUCAAAAAAAGAUUCGACCCUCCACACAAUCUUAAUCCAGCAUCUCUUCGAUUCAGCCAAUUAUAUUUUUAAGGUUAGGAGAGAGGCAUAAAGGCGAUCCUUUAAGGAUCGAUAGAUCUGUCCUUCACAACAUGCAGAUCUCUGAUCAGUUCAUUCAGACAUUUUAAUCUGAUUCACAAACUUGUUUGAAAAACCAAAUUAGCCAGAGAUCAGUUAUCAAGAUUACGAUCUAAGAUCUGUCAAAUCAUCUUAGAUUGUUUAAGCGAGGUACAAAGGCGAACCCCUGAACUUCCAACGUACGUGUGCAAAGUGUAAACAAAGCAGCAUUCGUUACUAGAGCUGCACGAUUAACUGAAAAGGGAUCGUGGUCUCGAUUCGACCAUCCACACGAUCUUAAUCCAGCAUUUCUACGAUUCUGCCAAUUACAUUUUCAAGGUCAGGAGAGAAGCAUAGAGGAGGUCGCGCAAGUCUUCACAUUGUUAUAUAUACUUUGGACACCUCCAAAUGGUGUUGAGAGUCACAUACUGUAUUUAUAAGGUAGAAUUCACUCAAAAAAUGUCAUUUCUGUCUUCAUGUAAUGACGUAUUUGUGGCCAUGAGCACCAUGAGCUGAGUGUUUAGAGAGGACGUACGCGCCACCAACUACUUAAGUGAACAGAACCUGCAUAGGCUGUGAAUAACAGGUAAUAAAGUUGUAAUUAACGCUCAGUUUGUUGCACAGUGCAAUCGAUUGAGAGUCAUGUGGGAAGACUUUUUGUUUGUGAAGUGUUGACAGUCAUGCCAUGAACACACUCAGCAGUGAAAGUGAAACUGAAAGUGCACACAUCAUUUAAAUCAGUUAUUCUCAACAGGGGGGCGUCAGGACUCCUGCAGGUGGGCCGAGAGUUAAUUUAAAAUUAACUCUCAAUAUUAUGCUAUAAUUUCUGGAUUUGAUUAUUAAUACACUAUAUAAAAACGAUUGAAGUAAUGCACUUUCUCUUGCACUUCUCUGAUGGAUUACUUCAAACUCGGCGCAAAAACAGCCUCAGGAUCAAGUCUACAACUAGUACAUGUUCAUUCUCUAACUGCGUGAAGUGAAAGUGAAAGUCUCUUUUUAACAUAUCCACAUAGUUUUCCAAAUGAAUGUCCUGCAAGUGUUUUGUAACAGAUGCGCCCAUACAGGAGGAUCUAGCGAGGCUCAACAGUGUUUCUGCCAUAGACUGUAAAAUAAACUUGCAUAUGAGCUUCAGA